AUUUACACAAUCAGGUUUAAAGAGAUGCGAGUGUCUGUUGAAACAUUUUUUUAAGUGCCGAGAGCACUAAACGUAGAGCCUAGAGGACAACUCUGAAAAUGUUUUGAAAUACAGAUUACAGACUAAAAUGUUUAGCUGUCAAGGACCUUCUGAUCGACAACGAAAUGCCACUCUGAAAAAAAAUCGUGCACUUGUCAAGUUUGAAAGGAAAAUUCUUGUUAUAUUUAGCAUAGAACGUCAAAUUUACAAAAUAUUCUGUAAACAAAAAGUAAACAUUUCUCUACAGAAUUUCAAGUUUCAAUAAGCUAUUAGGAAUUAAAUGGAUUUUAAUGAAUUAUGUCGUGCUUGCUUACUAACAAUUAAUGGCUCCAAUAAAAUUAUCUUGUUUAAAGAUGUUUCAGCUUACACUUAUUGGUUUUGCACUUCAAUACAGAUUUUAGAAACUGAAGAUUUACCAAAAAUCUUAUGCUCUUCGUGCUACGACUUGUUAUCUAAAUUUGCCGCAUUUAAACAAAAAUGUCUUGAUGCACAGCACUAUUUAUUAAAUUUAAAGCGUUAUAUGAAGAAAGACACCGAAUGUUCAGUAUUUUACGAAACCAGAGAGAAAAAUAAUUCAGAUAUUUUAACAUUGGAUGUUAGUGAAUCAAAGAAUCUAAUUCAAAGCGCGAUAAAGCUUGAACCCAGUUAUGAAGAAUGUGGAGGCACUUACAGUAAUGAUGCUGUGGAAAAUAAAAAUUUUGAAAAUGAAAUGCCACACACAAAGAUUGACAUUACAAAGAAAAUUGAUUUUUUGUGUGAUGUGUGUAAUAAGGUUUAUACAAACAGGAAGACCUUCAAUAAUCACAAAAAGAUGCAUGAGAAAAGAUUAUGCAUACCCUGUAAUAAAUCAUUUAAAUCAAAGCCUGCAUUUUAUCAACAUAAGAAAUUGAAGCACUCACAGUUUACUUUCAAAGACACGAAGUGCAAGAAAUGUGGGAAAGUGUGCAAAACUAUUAAAACACUUCACUUACACCUGAAGACAAAACAUAGUGAAACCAACAAGUACAUUUGUGAUGUCUGUGGUAAAAUUAGCAAUUCCAGAGGAAAUUUAAAGCUUCACAUCGACCGACAUAUUGAUAAUAAAGAUUACACUUACAACUGUGAACAAUGCAACAAACAGUUUAAAUCUAAAUUAGCACUACAAGGCCACUUCUAUCGAUCACACACUGGCAAACAAUACAUUUGUCAUUAUUGCAAUUUCUCCUACAAAUACAGAGAUAACUUAAUCAAACAUUUGUUAACCCACGAAGGAAAGAAAUUACACAAAUGUACGCUUUGUAAUAAGUCAUUUUCAACGCGUUCGUAUUACAUAGAACAUCAGAGAUUGCACUCUGGAGAGAGACCAUUCAACUGUUUGUACUGUUCAAAGAAUUUUGUAUCUAAACGUCGCUUGAAUGACCAUCACAUGAUACAUACAGGGGAGAGAAAACACAAAUGUACGAUUUGUGAACAAAGCUUUACACAAAAGGGUAGUGUAAAGAGGCAUAUGAAGAUACAUAAUAAACUACAGCCUGUUUGAAAAGAUGGCCUGCCUCCUUGAUGACCUUUAUGGUUUAUAUAUUCAUAUAAAAAUAAAGAUCUUUAACCAGAGACAAGAGUACCUACUAUACCCAGAACAAUAAUAAGCCCUGGUUUAGGACUCAACUCUUCAUACCUAUAUCAUCAAGCAGGAUAAGAGGCAGUAGAACUACUGCACUAUGUAUGUGUAUUGCAUAAAAGGCAAGCAUAGCAACAUUGUAGUAUUUAUACUGUAUAAAAUGCUUUUGUUUUUUUUUAUAUUAAUUUAAAAUAAAAACACACAUUUAUCGUUGCUCGAUUUAUUAUAUAUAUAU